UAAAAAAAAUAAAAUUAAGACAGAACAGAAGAGACACGCAAACAUAUCCAUUAGGGUCACAACGGUUCUUGCAGCGGCUUAUUUACCAGAAAGGAAAGAAAUCCGAAUAUUUUUUUGUGUCUCUAAAGGUAAGGGCUUUUAAGUGAAGAGAGUUAGGUACUGUGUCCGUCAGGUGAAGAGAUACGAAGAUGGAUAACACAGAAGAACUUGUCUCCAUUGAGCUACCAGCUCCUGCUUCAUGGAAGAAACUGUUUUAUCCAAAAAGAACUGGUACUCCGAGAAAGACAGAGAUUGUGUUCGUGGCCCCAACCGGUGAAGAGAUCAGCUCGCGUAAGCAGUUGGAGCAGUACUUAAAAGCUCAUCCUGGCAACCCUCUCAUCUCUGAGUUUGAGUGGACGACUGGAGAAACUCCAAGGAGGUCUUCAAGGAUCAGCCAAAAGGUGAAGGCAACGACGCCUACUCCGGACAAAGAACCCCUCAUGAAGAAGAGACGAUCUUCUCUCACGAAGAAGGACAAUAAGGAGGCUGCUGAGAAGAACGAAGAGGCUGCUGCGAAGGAAAACAUGGAUGUUGACAAGGAUGGACAGAAGGAAAACGCAGAGGGUGAGAAGGAGAAAGAGGCUGAGACGACUGAGGCUGAGAAGGAGAACAAAGAGGGUGAAAAGACUGAGGCUGAGACCAAAGAGGGAGAAGUUGUGGCGGACAAGAAAGAGCCUGUUGAAGUGGAUACCUCUUUGUUGGAGAAAAAGACUGAGGGUGGAGGUGGAGUUGAAGAACCUCCCAAAGUUGAAGGCCUCAAGGACACUGAAAUGAAAGAGGCUCAGGAAGUUGUUGCUGAGGAUGAUGGAGAGAAGAAGCCUGCAGAGGAUGAGACCGAGAAAAAAGGCAGCGCGACAACAGAAGCUAACGGAGAACAGANGUUUUCUUGGGGGUCAAAUUAG